CCCGGGCCACCUCUCUGGAGUGUAACUUGCCGUUCUUGUUUUGAAGCCAUGACCAUGCAGUUCAUCAGCCACCGAUUUCCAGAAGAUCACGACCCCACCAUCGAAGAUGCUUACAAAAUCCGGAUCCGCAUCGAUGAUGAGCCUGCCAACCUGGACAUUUUGGAUACGGCCGGGCAGGCAGAGUUCACGGCCAUGCGGGAUCAGUAUAUGAGGGCAGGAGAAGGCUUUAUCAUCUGUUACUCCAUCACGGAUCGUCGAAGUUUCCAUGAAGUUCGGGAAUUUAAGCAGCUUAUUUACCGGGUUCGACGCACUGAUGAUACCCCUGUGGUUCUGGUGGGGAACAAGUCUGACCUGAAGCAGCUGAGACAGGUCACCAGGGAGGAAGGACUGGGCCUGGCCCGAGAGUUCAGCUGCCCCUUCUUCGAGACCUCCGCCGCGUACCGCUACUACAUCGACGACGUGUUCCACGCCCUCGUGCGGGAGAUCCGUAGGAAAGAAAAGGAGGCAGUGCUGGCCAUGGAGAAAAAGUCUAAACCCAAGCCCAGUGUAUGGAAGAGGCUAAAAUCACCGUUCCGGAAGAAGAAAGACUCUGUAACUUGAAGGGGAGAUGUGAGGUGUCCAUCUGUGAACUGCAGGGCCUACUCGGAGCAGCCCAGUAGCCCGCAUUAGUGAGCACGGUGCUGGCUCUCUCUCCUGUUAUGACCAUUACUUUACACGUAACCGAUGAAGGGGACAUGCCUAGGGGGCGUUUUCAGUGAUGUGGUGUUUAGAAUACUGUCCUUUAGCUAAUUCUGAUCUAUUAACCCAGUGGAGCACUGUCUACUUUUAAAUCCUCACAUUAGAAUUUGAUCUACCAAUGUUUCGGGUUCUGUUCCUGAUAUUAGUUGAUUAGUGUUGAUUGCUUCUCUUCCGGGGGAACACAUGGAGCACACGUGUUCCACUAAGCCCGCAAGAGGGACUUCCUGCUCUGCACCCCGCUCCAGGUUCUUUUCUACGUGGGUUUCCCGGGGCCUUCUCGGGGAAGGGGGAAGGAACUUGCUCCUGUGCUUCCCGGACACGCAGCGAGAACCGGGUGGGGAGACCAGUGGUCCAGCCCAGCGGGUAGCUGUGCAGCGGCCUCCUGCGGGAGGUUAGGGGCUGAGCAGAUGCGGGGAGCCUGGCUGUGGAGGCGGCCAGGCCUCAGCUCUAGGGACAGGCAGCAUCACAGCUGCGUGCUCAGUGCGGGCCUGGCUGUCCUGAGACGUGCACGUUUGACCCAGAAGCACCGAGACGGGCAAGGACGGACAGAAGCAAGUGCAGUGUAUGAAGGUGUCUUCUGUGAAGCAACUUUGUUCUUCUUUCAGGGUUUAGCCCUUGUUUUCCGUCCGAGGUGUGUGCGUGGGGACCCAGUACCGGAUUACUACACCCUGGCACACCCUGGUGGGACAGCCACUGCCUGGGGCCGCAGAGCCGCCGACACCCGUGUCCCGAGGAGAGCGGGGCCUCGCCACACGAGCUGGGGGUCCUUCGUCAGACUCCGCGCCUUCCGUCCGUCUGGAAGGGGAAUCGGGAGGUAGAGUCCUUGCCUCCCCAGCGUGGCCACCGGGCCCCAUGCUCUGGGAAGGCCUGCGCGGCGCUUGCCCACAGCCCGCUGGGAGGCUGUAGACAAUUCCGAGUGCCGGGUUUCUCGGUAAAGAUUUCUUUACAGGGACCUUGUUGAGUUCACCUCAGGGUUGUCUGAGCCUUGACAAAACUUAGUCUCAGAGAACACCACCUGACACCUGUGCGUCGCUGGGAGACGGCCCUGGGAGGGAGUGGCUUUAAAUGUUGGUGGGGAGUUCUCUCUUUUAGAGUCAGGAUGGUUUCGAUGCCCGAACGUACUGUGUGUGGGCAUCAAGUGCAAAAGUGCUAAGAUGAUGUCAUGUAUAUUGGACCGUAUGUGUCAUUGAAGCGUUUUAAACUCUUAACGGGACUGUGGAGCACCUCGUACAAAGUGCUGCCUCGACUUACCUGCCCUCCACUGAAUUACGGGCAGAAGGACAGGGGUGAUGAGUUUUCUUCAUACUCAGUGGGGUGUAGGUUCUAGGCUUAAAGAAAGGUGAUGGUAGCAAUUUUUGUAGCUACGUAGUCGGUCCCCUUUGAAACCAAAUAAAUGGCUGUUUUAUGGUACAAGCCGUCCAAAAGUGAGAGACCCAGAAUGUGAAUCUGCAGGACGAGGUCGGCCAGGAGCCACAGCACUUUAGCAGAGCAUGAAGGUAGGGCAGGAAUGUAGUGCCGGCGCCUCCCCACGUGCCAUGUAGCUCGGAGCCUUGUGCGUGUGAGCCUCAGCUUCUCAUUACCAAUGGCCUAGGGAACCGUGAUUAGCGCCAGGCAAGAACUUGACAGCCAUGUAAGUAUUCAGGACAUUCAAGACAGCAGAGAACAUUGCCAGAAAGAAAGAUCUGUAAGAGAGGAGGGAAUUUGUAUUGCAUAGGAGAAAAAUAACAAAUUUGUGUUUUUAAGGCUGUCACUGUCAUAUCUUUGAUCAUUGGAUUAUUAGCCCGUUAGUACUGAGAAUUCUCUUCAUGGUGCUGGAGAGUUUGAGGGGGUGUGUUUGUGUCGGUAAGAGCUCAGUUCUUAGCGACCUAAGUGGGUGUAGUUUAUGUGCUCCAAAGAGUCAGGUUUAUCCAGGUUGAGGGCAGUGCAGUCAGUGAGCUGCCUGGAACUUUGAGGAGAGAAGCCUUCGGGACAAGCGUCAGCGCGCAGGCACUGCCCGUGCCCGCGCCAGGUGAGGCCACGGGGUCUAGAAGCUGCUGUUUGCAAGGGACAGGUGUGACUUUAUCAAACAUCAGGGAGAACCGCUCUGCUGAGCUGUCUGGGCCUCGGGGGGAGGGGCAGUCUCUCACUUGCGCACUUGUGUGUGAAAACCGUUUGUAUGACACAAUACAGAACUUGUAAACAACGA